AUGUCCGACUCAUCACAGCCAGAUUCUAUCCACGAUUUCGACAUGGAGAGUGCUGCAGGCCUUUUGCCUAUCAGAGCUCGCAAUCAUGAUGAGAAGCCAUCCUCGGGGGAGCUCGUUCUAUCUCACCAGUCUGUCUCAUCUACAGAGCUGAGAGUAACCCUAUUCGCGAAGCAAGAAAAUCACCUGCUCAGAGCAUGGGCCAUCACACUGCAUCUGUAUCUCGUAUCAGAUCAGGUAGCAUUUCUCGCGUCAGGACUGAAGGAUGAACCUCACGACCAAGUUCUCAUCUUCUCUCACUGGCCACUUUCUGUUCCAUCUGCUUCUUUCGACUCCAAUGCCCAGCCUCAGCUCAUAACAAGACCAUUCGAGGCCGGGAAACACCGUCAUCUUAUCAACAGCUGUGUGAAGUUCAUGGAACAAGAUGGACAUGCAAUUGGCACUCUUGAUGGAACGAUUCAGUACCAUUUACAAGUCACCAACAGAAACAUAUCUCUGUACACCGGAAGAUCUCGCGUCCCAUCACAGUUUGCUACAGUGUUGUGGAAGACUUUCCAGGAGAUUCACCUCGAUUUGUUGAGCCCGUCUCCCCGAGACUGGCGCAGAGUACUUGCCAGCAAUACGGACAAAAGCCUCUUGCAAUCUUUCCUACCCCGUACACCAACAAAAAUACAAUCCUCCAUCAUCAAUCUCUGGCGCGAAUCCGUCCGCACCGCUCCACGUGCUCCCGCCGUCGACGCCUGGGACGGUACUUUGACCUACAACGAGCUAGAUGAUGCGGCCGAGAAGCUUGCACUUCAGCUAUUAUCAAAGGGGGUCAGAACAGGCGACUUUGUUCCUUUCUCAUUCGAGAAGAGUGUCUGGAUGGUAGUAGCUGUACUGGCCAUUCUCAAGGCCGGGGCCGCCUUUGUGGCAGUUGACCCAUCUCAACCAGAGGCCAGGGCGAAGGAGAUCAUCAGUCAGAUCAACGCUAGGUCGAUUGUUACCUCGCCGAGUCAAAGCAAGAAAUUUGCACAAAUGGGCUUGGAUGUUUUGCAAGCCUCCCAGAUGACGACAGAGGACGACGACAUCCACAACUCCAGGCCGCUUCCUCGUGUCCUACCCAAGGACCCAGCCGUGUGCAUCUUCACGUCGGGCUCGACAGGAAAACCCAAGGGAAUCGUGGUUCAGCACCAAGCGCUGGCUACUCGAAUGCUAGCUGAAGGGGGAGCUCUUGGCUAUAGAGGAGCUCGAGCUCUCCAGUUUGCUGCCUCAACUUGGGACAUCUUCAUCACCGACAUUUUCGCAACUCUUCUACACCAAGGUUGCGUUUGCAUACCAAGUGAACAGGAUCGCCUCUUCAACCUUGCCGAGUUCUGCACCAACCACAAAGUGACACUCGCCAUCGUCACGCCAUCACUGGCAAACACGUUGUCGCCUGCUUCAUUUCCUACCUUGAAAACACUCAUCUUCUCUGGAGAAGCACUUCGAAAAGAUGUUGUUGCCCGCUGGUCAUCGCAAAGUGGACUUGCACUUUACCAAGGCUACGGUCCGGCGGAAACAGGUGGCUGUAUCAUCGGACCACUUGCCAAUCGCGCGGAGGUCAUCGGGCAUGCUGUCAAGGAGUACAUCUGCGUACUUGUUGACCUCAAGAACCACAACAGAUUGGUGCCUGUCGGGGCAGUUGGCGAGCUUCUAGUUGCUGGUCCAGGCCUGCUUCAAGAGUACAUCAAGGAUCCAGCUCGAACCGACGCAGCUGUGGUGCAGAACCCGCCCUGGCUUUCGGAACUCGGAGUUGGAGAGACAAGAUUUUACAAAACGGGCGACCUUUUGCGCUACAACAUAGAUACGCUCGACGGAAGCCUGGAGUUUGUUGGUCGAACAGACGGACAAAUCAAGUACCAUGGUCAACGCAUCGAACUGGGUGAAGUCGAGUACAACCUGGGCUUGUUUCCUGACAUCAGUCACUCCAUGGCAGGCCUUGUGAAAGAAGGCCCAUGGAGCGGCCAGCUUGUAGCUGUGGUGCAGGUUGGCACGUCAACUCACCACGUAACUUCGACUGAUGACAUCGAGCUUCGAGAUUCUGUCGACUACCAGGAGAAGAUGACUAAAUUUCUAUUGUCGCGUCUGCCGAGGUAUAUGAUUCCUAGCAAGAUCCUUGUUGCCAAGAGUCUCCCUCUCAACGCGUCCAUGAAGUUGGAUAGAGCGGCUAUCCAGAAAUGGGUCAUCAGCCAUUCGACCACACAGACAGCUGCUCCAAAUCUUCUACCUGCUACAUCAGAGGCCAAACAACUACUUCCAACCGAACAAACCGCCAGGAAAGUCUCUGAGCUGUACGUCGAGAUUGUCGCUGGCCGAGAUCAGCAUCUUCGUAAGCAGUUGGAACGCCGCGACUUCAAUAUCAAAUCCGGUGGUAUCGACUCUGUCCAGAUCAUGUCUUUCUCGGAGGCUAUCAAGCAGAGGUUCGCGGUGCAAAUCCCCAUGGACCAAAUACUAAGCUCGAGAUCAACGAUUAGACAACUGGCAGCUACAAUUGACGCGGGCCAAGGUCUGAAAGGGACCAAGAACCAUGAUCUAUCUCCCAGUACAAAUGACGAUAUUGACAGCCUCCUUAAAUCUGUUCUACACCCUCGAACAAAGCAGCUGCGUAACCCGGAUAUCCGUCACGUCUUUGUUACUGGGGCAUCUGGCUACGUGGGAAGAGAGAUUGUGCGACAACUGCUCACGCGGUCAGACUGUCAGAUACAUGCUCUCGUUCGGGCACUCCCUGACCAGGAGGGACAAGAUUACUUGCUUCAAAACUUCACCGACGCCGCUUGGUGGAAAGGCGAGUACGAGUCUCGCAUUUAUGCUUGGUUGGGCGAUCUCUCACAACCUCAGCUUGGACUAGACACCACUGCAUGGAGUAGGCUCGAGGGGAAGGGACCAUAUGCCAUCGACUGUAUCAUCCACAACGGCGCAAAAGUUCAUUAUCAUAUGGACUACGAGACAUUGAAAGCCACCAACGUGACAUCGACUGUCCAGAUACUCCAAGCUAUCAACAACCGCACCAACCCACUACAGAGCUUUGUGUAUGUGUCUGGUGGACAGCCCCUGAGCUUCGAUUCCAAGGAUGAAGAGUCUAUUCUACAAAAGGCACUUCAAGGAUCUGGCUACACGCGUUCCAAAGCCAUGUCCGAGAUGUUGGUGAGGAGAUUCGCCGAACAGACAGAAGACAAGGUCAAGCAUAUCCAGAUUAUCAAGCCGGGAUACAUCAUGGGCGAUGCAAAGAAGGGUAUGGCGAACAAGGGCGACUUUAUCUGGCGCUACAUCGCGGCAUCUCUUGAGCUCGGAGCCUAUGACCAGGAUACCGCGAGUGGAUGGCUCUUCUUGAGUGAUGUUGGCCACGUCUCAGAAAUCGUUGUCACAGCAGCCUUUGAACCAAGCGGAACAAUCUCGGUACCAGUCCAAGCUGGGAUCCAAUUCCAAGAUAUCUGGCAGCUAUUGCAGGAGAAAUACGGCUUCAUGAUACGACCUCUGCGUCGAGAUGAGUGGCUGCAACAGCUACGACAGAGUGUUGCUGCCAAACAAGAUCAGCAUGUCAUGUUUCCACUCAUGUACAUGCUCGAGACGACGGAUCAUCAGCCAUUCGGCGUGUCGAAUGGGCCUGACCAACCAUCAAUGGGCGUCAAGGAAGCUUUGCGAGCCAACAUCAACAAUCUCACGGACCAAGGAUUCUUCAUUGCCCCAGGAUCAGAUUCCUGCCCAACACCAUCUACAUCGACGACCGCGGAGGAUGCUUUAGACGUUGAGAGUGUACGAAGACAAUUCCCGGCUCUCCACGAUGGCUUAGUGGCAUUCAACAACGCGGCUGGCACUGCAGUCUACCAAGGAGCUAUCGACAACACUCACAAAUACAUGUCCGCAUUUCCAGUUGAGCUCGGUUUGGAUGAUCCACAGAGUCAGGCAAAAACGAAGAGGAUGAUGGACAAGGUGGCAGAGUUGGCUGCAUUCAUGAAUGCUGACGCUGAUGAAAUUGCUUUCGGACAAUCGACAACCAUGAUCCUCCGCACUCUUGGCCAAGCCCUGAAGCCUUCUCUUAAUUCCGACUGCGAGAUGAUUGUCUCCAGCCUUUGUCACGAAGGAAGCGCAGGUGCUUGGCGAGCCCUGGCAGCCGACCUUGGAAUCGCCAUCAAGUGGUGGAUGCCACCCGCCGGCGACGACCCUUGUCUUUCUCUCGAAACACUCAAGCCUCUUCUCACCCCCAGAACCCGCAUCGUGGCAUGUAACCAUGUCUCCAAUGUCGUGGGAACUAUUCACCCUAUCAAGCAAAUCGCUGACGCCGUCCAUGCCAUCCCCGGGGCCAUCCUCAUCGUUGAUGGUGUCGCAUGGGCACCUCACCGUCCCAUUGAUGUGAGAGCUCUUGAUGUGGACUUUUAUUGUUUUAGCUGGUAUAAGGUGUUUGGUCCACACAUGGCUCAGCUUUACGGUCGACGAAGUGUUCAGCAGCGGAUGGUGUCGCAUAUUGCUCACUUCUUCCUCGGUGGGUGGCCUGGACUGGAUUGGAGACUUCGACUUGGCUCCAAUGCUUUUGAGUUGGAGGAAGCUCUUGUCCCCAUCACAAGAUAUAUGACCGACAUCAGCUGGGACAAGAUCAUUGCUCAAGAGACGGUGCUUCAGGAGGUGCUUCUGUCAUAUCUCAACCGGCACCCCACUGUGUUCCGGAUUUUUGGCGAGAAGACGUCUGAUCCGGAGAAGCGAGUAGCAGUCAUCACGUUUCAGGUCAUCGGCCAAUCUUCUCGAGAUGUUAUGAACAAGGUCAAUCGCGAAGGAAAAUUCAGAAUUGUGGCUGGACACUGCUGGGCACCUAGACCAACUCAUGAUGUACUCAAGCUGGAGGAUGAUGGUCUUAUCAGGAUCAGUUUCGUGCAUUACAACACCGUAGAGGAGGUGCGGGAGUUUUGUCAUGUCCUUGAGAGAAUUGUGAACCCUUGA